AUGCUCGCCGAGGCUGCCGGCCUCACUGAUGGAGUUUUCCUGGUGGACUUCAGCGUCCACAAAGGGGAAACGGCUGAAAACGCCAUCUACGGGGGUAACACCCCACGGCUUGUUCCAAGAGCUGUGAGUGGGGUCGAUACUUUGAACCUCAUCAAUGAGAACACCUUUUACUUGGCCAAUGUUUCCCUUGGCUCCAACCAACAGAAGGUUGGUGUUCUUCUUGACACUGGCUCUUCCGACUUAUGGGUUCAGGGAAAUACCAACCCAUAUUGUAAGGCAGGGACUGCUGGGAAUGGAGCCGUCUCCAAGGCUGUGUCUGCGGCUGACCAGUUUGAUUGCAGCGUGUACGGUACUUUCAACACGGCCACUUCCACCACCUAUCAUAACAAUGGUACUGCCUUCAGUAUCACUUAUGGUGACGGAACCUUCGCAAAGGGGACGUGGGGACAGGACACGGUCAAUGUGGCUGGGUUGCUGGUUAGUGGUGUUAACCUUGCUGUUGCUAACAACGCUGACUCCUCGGUGGGUGUUUUUGGAAUUGGGUUGGCUGGUAAUGAAGCCUCUAACUCUGGCAACACUCCGUUCAUUUACGACAACUUCCCGGUGCAGUUGAAGAAGAAGGGCUUGAUCAAGAAGACCCUCUAUUCGUUGUAUUUGAACAGUGCUACUUCUGCUCUGGGUAACGUCUUGUUUGGAGGGGUCGACCACGCCAAGCAUUACGGUAAUUUGGUUCCUUUGCCGCUUGUCAACGUUUAUCCUCAGUACUAUUCCUCAGCGGUGUCCUUUUUUGUCACGUUGGCUGGUGUCGGCUACAACAACCAGGCUGUAUCCACCGGUCUGAUUUCUGCUUUAUUGGACAGUGGGACUACCUUGACUUAUUUGCCAAAGGCGGUCGUAUCUAACGUUGCUUCCAAGUUAGGUUACACUUACUCAUCGAGCGCUCAAGCCUACUCAGGCCCUUGCACGGGUGCCUUCACCUCGAAGAGUCUCUCUUUCCUGUUUGCUGGUGUCACUAUCAACUCCCCAAUUACCAACUUCCUUGAGCAAGCAUACUACUCCGAUGGCAGCGUGGCGCCAAACGUCUGCUUCUUGGGCCUUAUCCCUUCUACGGACACUUACAUUUUGGGUGACAGCUUCUUGAGAGCUGCCUACGUUGUUUAUGACUUGGAAGCACUCCAAGUUUACUUGGCCCAGGCCAUUCCAAAUGCCACGGCCCAGGAUAUUGUGGCUGUCACUUCGACUAUUCCACCAGGAACUUUGGUCCAACAAACUGCCACCACGUUCUAG